CGGGGCCGGCGGCAUGCGCGGUGUGUUGUUUCGUGUGACGGUCGGCGUGUGCGCGUGCGCGGCGUUUUCGGAUCAAUGAUAAAAAUAAAAUACGAGUACGAUUACGGCGGGCGCGCAUGCGCGCGUCCUGGAGGGUCGCUCUCACGUACGUCGGGUCCCCCGGUAGAUACGUCACACGCGCGCGGCGUCGAGCUCCAGAGAAGCCGGUUGUUCAUUGGCCCGCCGCGCCGCGGAAACUCCGCUCACCCCGCGUAUCGACGCGCUAACAAAAGGUUGGCAGCGCUGCGACAACACACGCACACGAUCGUUAUGCCCGCGCGCUCACCGACACCGACACUACCACCACCACCGCCACCACCGCCGCCUCCACAGUCGUCGUAAUCAUUACCGUCCCCCCACCCCACCCGUCGUUACCAUAGUUCGACCGGUCUCACCACCCCGCUCAGCCCCUCGCCAUUACCGCUAGCGACGUCACUCCACUACGACCACGGCUGUUCAUCGCGCUCGCUGUGUGGCGCGGUUACGUUCAGUUUCCGUGUGUACGUUCUCGUGUACGUGCUCUUCAUGAUCGUUAUUCGUGUUCUCGCGCGUACAGAUUAUUAUUAUUAUUAUUAUUACCAUUAGUUUUGUGUUCGAUUUGGUUUUGUUUUUUCGUGUUUUUUUUUUUUUUUUUUUUUAUAUACGAAAACAUUUGAUCAUAUGGAUUUUGUUCGAGUGACGUUUAUUCGUAGCGUAAUAACAUCAAACGACGACGACGACGACACAACGAUAACACCAAGUGUUCUGUAUUAUUAGUAAAUAUUAGUCGUCGACUAUUAUACUGACGCCGCGCGCACUUGUCCUCCAACAAACCGGUGACCAUGCAGAUGGGUAAGCGACAACACUGUUACCUGUGCGACUUGCCUCGUAUGCCGUGGGCGAUGUUGCACGAUUUCACCGAGCCCGUGUGUCGCGGGUGCGUCAACUACGAAGGUGCCGACCGCAUUGAGCUGGUGAUCGAGACGGCCAGGCAAAUGAAACGGGCCCACGGGUUCCAGGAGUCGGCCAGGUCCACGUCCGUGGGCGGCGGAUCCAACGCCGUCAACGCGCAUCACCCGAAAAAUUCACAUCGACACGAAAACGGCACCCUGGAAGUGGUCGGAUUGCCGCCGCAAGCCCACCAGUUGGCCGCGCGACAGACGCAACAACCUCCGCCGCCUCCGCCGCCAGCCGCCGCCACAUCGCACUAUGCGGCACUGCACCAUCAGCGGUCCACGCUCAUGGAAUAUCCCGGUAGGCCGGGCGGCGGUCACGUAGACCACGAGGUGGCCAUGAGCCGGACGUCGGUGCGUUUGUCUCAGAGCCAGCAACAGCAACAACAGCAACAGCAGCAGCAACAACAACAACAGCAACAGCAGCAGCACAUGGCGCAACAUCACCUCACGAGCCGGGUCCCGGCCGGCUCGCAGGGCCUGAAACGCGGGCUGAGCACGCAAGCCGACGACGACGAUCACCACUCCGAGAGCAACAAGCGCAUGAUGGAAGAGCAGCAGCAGCGGCCGCCGUUGCAGAGGGGCGAAUCGCUGCCGGCCGUCAGUCUCGCCGUGCCGUUCGUCGAGCGGUCGUUCAAAACCGAACCCAAACACCCGAUCAGGACCACGUCGUUCGACACGUCCACGUUCAAGACGUCCAGUGGAUAUGCAUCGGCCGCCGUGGCACAACAGUGCAUGACCAACGGCAACGGACCGGCGGCUGGAUCGCCACUGGCCGCCGGCCGGACGACCGGGUCGCCAACGGACGGACCGCCGUCCAUGCAAACGAUCGGUGCCGGCGGUGGCGGGCAGCCCGGUGCGCAGAACCAGCAGAACGGGCCCAGCAACCCGAUGGCGGCGCUGAUGAGCGUCGCCGAUAACCUGCCGCCCGGUUCUCCGCAGAGCGCCCGCGGCAGCCCCCCCGGUUCCACCGGUCCCACCGCCCAAGCGCCCGGUGGUCCCAGGUCCGCAUCCCGAGGAUCACAACAUUCGCCAAACUCCACCGGCGGUUCGUCCAGCGGACGUAGAUCAUCCGGAAGUCGUCACGUCAGCUCCACAACUGUAACGUCGAGCGAGGCCAAUGGCGGCGGCGCCCCCGGUGCCGUUGUGCCAGGCGUCAACGGUCCGAGCGUCAACGGCCCGAGCGGCGUCGGAGGUCCAGCCGCCAACGGCACCGGCGGAGGGAGCGCACUAAAUGCGUCUGUUCCGGUCGGCGGCGGUCCUGACGGCGUCGCGCCCGGAACCCCUAUGGAUGCCGCCGCACCGACGUUACCGCAAGUUCCGGCUUCCGUGCCUCUGACAAACGCUUCAGCGGCGGCGGCUGCAGCGGCCGCAGCCGCAAAUACGGCCACGCUUAAGUGUACGUUGUGCCAAGAGCGUUUGGAAGACACGCACUUUGUCCAGUGUCCGUCCGUUCCCCAUCACAAGUUCUGUUUCCCGUGCUCGAGAGACAGCAUUAAGCGACAGGGGGCCGGCUCCGAGGUGUAUUGUCCGAGUGGCGAUAAAUGUCCACUGGCAAAUUCAAACGUGCCCUGGGCUUUCAUGCAAGGCGAAAUAGCCACCAUAUUAGGCGAAGAAUUCAAAGUGAAAAAAGAACGAGACUCAUAAAUUAUAUUAUUAUUAUUAUUUUUAUUUUUAUUAUUAUUAUUAUUAUUAUGUCAUAUUAUAUACUGUAAAUGUGUUUCACAUAAUCAUAUGUUAUAUGAAACCUCACCACCUAUGGAUCCUAUCAGAUUAUCAGACUUAUAGGCCUGGAAGGAUCGAGGCCUCGAAUGUAAAAUAUGCAUUUAUUUAUUAAGCCCACUGUAUAUUAUAUUAUGUAUAAAAUAAUUUUAUUACGUUACGUAAAAAUGCCAAUAGUUAUUACUACGGUAUUGUACGUCCCCGUAGGGGCAAUCCUUUAUUUUUACUUUUUAGGUGAAAUUUAGAAUAAUUUUAACCUCGUUAUGUUCUUGUUUCCCUGCCGUUUUCCUUCGACAUCCCGUCGUCGACGGGAUAUCGAAGGGAAACGAAAGAAAGCAAUCUUUGGCGUCAAGACUGAGUCAAGUCGUGUUUGUAUUUUACAUUUUUAAGAAAAACGGUCUCAAGACUGUGCUAGUCAAGCAAGUAUAUGUAUAAUAUAAUAUAUAUAAAUCUUAAGUGCACAAAAUGUAUAUUACUGUUUUGUAGCUUUAAACUAUAUAUCCUGUAAUUAAUAUUUAGGCCGGUAGCGUUGAAACUACGUUUGACAUUGUUUUCGAACGGAGAUCAUUUGUAAAGGAACUCACAAUCUCGCUUGUUUGUAUCUCGUACGUAUACAUAUUUUAUCAAAAAUAUUAUCGUACUAGAUUUUGUGGUUUCUCUCCCACCCGCCGCCUCUCCCAAAUGUGUUUAAAUAAAAAUAAAAUGAUAAUAAAAAUACAAAUCGGUAAUCAUUGGACA